AUGUACGACGACUACGCCGGCAACCAGCGGCUCGACCGGUACUCGGACAUCGACAUUGACGACGGCUCGUCGAUCCCCGAGAUGUCCCGGGCGCAGCGUCAAGCAGCGGAACGUGAGAUGGCGCGGCGCGACCGUGGCGUGGGCGGUGUGCGGCGCGCACGCACGCACAUGCCCGAGUUCUUGCAGUCCGAGGACGGGGACGACUUCUCCGGCGACGCAGGCCUGCUUUCGGGCAUCAGCCGGCACGCCCGCCGGCGCUACGACGAGCUGCCGGAAGAGAUGGCCGAGGAGGAAGAGAUGUCGCUAGAGCAUCUGGCGGACAUCAAGGCGCGAACGGUGGCGGAGUGGGUCGCGAUCCCGCAGGUCCGCCGCGCUGUUGCCACCCACUUCCGCACCUUCCUCACCACGUACACGGACGAAAAUGGUGCCUCGGUGUACGGCGCUCGCAUCCGCACGCUCGGCGAGACUAACGCCGAGUCGCUCGAGGUUAGCUAUGUCCAGCUGGCUGAUGCGCGUCCCGCCCUCGCCCUUUUCCUCGGCAACAGCCCUCAGGCCACGCUCGCCAUCUUCGACGAGGUGGCUCUCGAGGCCGUCCUCAUGUACUUCCCCGGGUACACUAACAUUCACUCCGAGAUCCACGUGCGCAUCAGCGACCUCCCCACGAUUAUCUCGCUGCGCGACCUGCGCCAGGACAACCUCAACUGCCUCGUGCGCGUCAAGGGUGUGGUCACGCGCCGCACCGGCGUCUUCCCACAGCUCAAGUACGUCAAGUUUGACUGUCAGAAGUGCGGCGCCACGCUCGGUCCCUUCUACCAGGACAUCCACAAGGAGCUCAAGCUGUCCUUCUGCUCCAACUGCUCUUCGCGCGGCCCAUUCAUGGUCAAUUCGGAACAAACAGUGUAUCGCAACUUCCAAAAGCUCACGCUGCAAGAAAGCCCGGGGUCAGUGCCGGCUGGGCGUUUGCCGCGCCACCGCGAGGUCGUGCUCAUGUGGGACUUGAUCGACGUCGCCAAGCCGGGCGAGGAAAUUGAGAUCACCGGCACGUACCGGAACAACUUUGACGCCGCGCUCAACUCGAAGAACGGCUUCCCUGUGUUUGCGACGGUGCUCGAGGCCAACCACAUCACCAAGGCCGAGGAUGCGUACGCCUCGAUUAACAUCACUGCUGAAGAGGAGAAGGUUAUCCGGUCGCUGAGCAGGGACGACCGCAUCGUCAAGCGGAUCGUCAAGUCGAUCGCGCCCAGUAUCUAUGGACAUGACGAUAUCAAGACGGCAAUCGCGCUGUCGCUGUUCGGCGGCUGCGCCAAGGAUAUUAACCGCAAGCACCGUAUUCGUGGUGACAUAAAUGUCCUCCUUCUAGGUGAUCCCGGUACCGCCAAGUCGCAGUUCCUGAAAUACGUCGAGAAGACAGCAAAUCGCGCCGUCUUCACCACGGGUCAAGGUGCCAGUGCCGUCGGUCUCACUGCUUCGGUGCGCAAGGAUCCCGUUACGCGCGAGUGGACGCUGGAGGGUGGCGCACUCGUGCUCGCCGACAAGGGGCACUGCCUCAUCGAUGAGUUUGACAAGAUGAAUGACGCCGACCGCACGUCGAUUCACGAGGCGAUGGAGCAGCAGUCAAUCUCUAUCUCGAAGGCGGGCAUCGUCACGACGCUGCAGGCGCGCUGCGCCAUUGUCGCCGCCGCUAACCCCAUUGGCGGAAGAUACAACCCCACCAUUCCGUUCCAGCAGAAUGUUGAGCUCACUGAGCCAAUUCUGUCGCGUUUCGAUGUGCUCUGCGUCGUCAAGGACCCGGUGGACCCUGUGCAGGACGAAAUGCUCGCGCAGUUUGUUGUUGGCUCGCACACGCGCUCGCACCCCAACUUUGAGGCGGCUGAGGAGGUGGCCGUGAACACGAUCCUUGACGCAGAUAUCAUCGAGCAGGACCUGCUGCGCAAGUACAUCAUGUACGCGAAGGACAAUGUCCGGCCCAAGCUCUACCAGUUGGACCAGGACAAGCUCGCACGGCUGUACGCAGACCUGCGCCGCGAGUCGCUCGCGACCGGCUCGUUCCCCAUCACGGUGCGCCACCUGGAGAGCAUGAUCCGCAUGGCGGAAGCCUCGGCCAAGAUGCAUCUGCGCGAGUUUGUGCGCUCGGACGACAUCGAGCUCGCGAUCCGCGUGACGGUUGGCAGCUUUGUGAACGCGCAGAAGAUGAGCAUCAAGAAGUCGCUGCAGCGCGGCUUCCGCAAGUAUGUGACUGCGACGGGCGACACGGACGAGCUGCUCAACUUCCUGCUGGGCCAGCUUGUCAAGGAGCGCGUCCAGAUCCACUGGAACGUGCACGGCACCGUGCCGCCGCACGUCGAGGUGCGGGUGCCUCAGCUCGAGGCGCGCGCCAAGGCCGUCGAUGUGUUUGAUGUGCGGCCGUACCUUGCCUCGGCGCUGUUCCGGACCAACGGGUACGCUGUGCAGGGUGGCGUGAUCCGCAAGGACUUUGUGGUGGGCGAGGAGUAG